AUGCCUUCUGCUGUACUGCCCGAGCCUGCUCCCUUGCCCAAGUGGCAACGCCCUGCAAAGACGACAGCGUCUCUUCCCUGGGCCGACAUCAAGGUGCUUGAUCUUAGCAAGUUCGACAAGCCAGGUGGCAAGGAGGAACUAGCCGAAGAGCUUCGCGAAGCGGUGCAUGACACGGGCUUCUUCAGCCUGACCAACACGGGGUUCAGUCCCGAAGAGGUGGAAAGGCAAUAUGACAUUGGUCAAGGCUUCUUCAGUCUCUCACAGGAAGAAAAGGACCAGCCCCAAUACCGCUGUGACUUUACCAAGGGCCACUACUUUGGAUACCGCCCUGCCCACGAGAAAACCAUCAUGAGCACUGAUGUCCUCGACAAUGUAGAAUCAUUCAACAUUGCCAAGUUCAUCCCUCAAUAUGCCAACGAAGCAUUUCAUCCAUUCUUCGAGCCUUACCGGGCCGAAAUAGAAGCCUUCUCUAGGAAAUCCCUCGACCUUGCUAGCAAAGUCUUUACCCUCUUCUCCAUCAUCCUCGAGCUUCCCGAAGACUACUUCUCCUCCCGACACGCCUACUCCUCCCCCAGCGAAGACCAUGUCAGGUACAUGACAUACCACCCCCGACCCCUCAGCGAGGAUGACAAGGUCGAGCACACAUGGUCCAGGGCGCACACCGACUUUGGUUCCCUGACUCUUCUCUGGAGCCAGGAUGUCGCCGGCCUACAGAUCAAGACCAAGUCCGGCGAGUGGCGCUACGUUCCGCCCGUCGACAACGGCAUCGUCUGCAACGUAGGUGACACGAUUGACUUUUGGUCGGCCGGAUAUUUCAAGUCGACGACACACCGCGUCAUUCGCCCUCCGGAGGACCAGGCGUCCAUCUAUCGUCAAGGCCUGUUCUAUUUUGUCCGCCCGGGAGAUGCCGUAGAUAUCAAGCCGGCCCCGUCGCCACUUCUUAAGAGGCUGGGACUACUGAAGGAAGAUAGCGAUGACCAGGCACCAGUGACUGGAUUGCAGUACGUGAGGGAGCGGGUGAAGAACUACCACGACCACAAGGAUUACGCCAACAAGAAGGGUCAAAAGUUCGUUGUCGGCAACUUGCAAAUUGAGGAUGAGGCUGCAUAA